CGGAGAGACUGCAACACACAGCUCUCUCUCUCUCUCUCUCUCUCUCUCUCUCUCUCUCUCCCCCAUCAUCACACCGGCACCACAGUACCUCGUUUCCCGGGUGUGGAUCUAUCCCUGGCUCACGGUUUGGCCGUGAAUGCGAGGCGGUCGGUUCCUCUAGCAGAGGCGACAUGAGCGCGUUCCGGCUCCUGCUGCGGAGUUUCCACUGUGUGGGACUCUACAUCCAACUUAGUGGCUCUUUGUCAUCAUCCGCCCAGGUGGAGAACCGCAUCUCCAGCAACGCUCUCUUCACAGAGGUCCCUCAUGACAUGACGGCACACAGCGGGCAGGAUGUGGAGAUGGCCUGUUCGUUUCGGGGAUCAGGCUCCACUUCUUAUUCUCUGGAGAUCCAGUGGUGGUACAUCAGGAACCACAAAGAGUGGACAGACAAGGAGACGUGGACCACCAACCAGGUGGCGCCUCAGGAGGAGAUGUCAAAGGACGCUACGAAAAUCAGUGUGGUGAAAGUGGCCGGCAGCAACAUCUCCCACAAGCUGCGUCUGUCCAGCGUCAAGCCUUCUGACGAGGGCACGUACGAGUGUCGCGUCAUCGACUUCAGUGACAGCCGACCUCGGCACCACCGCGUGCGCGCCUACCUGCAGGUGGAAGGUGACGGAAGUGCUGCUGCACCUCCGCACCACCGGGGGGAAGCAGAGUCUCAGAAACACCAACCAACAGCACACCAUGGGCAUAAAUCCGGCAGGGAGCUCAGGAAGAGGGCUGCUGAUGACACCAACACUGACUGCACAGAGAGCUGUGCACUUUAGGGCCUAAACACACACACACACACACCAUGGACUACGGUCCUACACCCUAAUCUGUUCUCCUAUAGCUUUCCUCCUCAAGAUCUUAAUAAACAGUGUAUAUUAUUGUAAAUGUUCUCUCAGACGAGCCGCUGCAUGUCGCGAAAUGUUUCUUACGACGUUAUCGCUUUAAAACUCGAAGGACACAAAGAGACCGAACAGAUCGGGAUCGUGGAUGUUUUGCUGUUUCGUUCUGCUUCACUUUUUAAAAAAAAAAAUUCUUUCAUUCACAGCGCGGGUGGGAAAAAAGUGCUGAGAUAAUGACAGACUUUUACAAACGUCUUCAUACGAGCGGGUUUUCAGAAUGGUGCGGUCGGAUCAUCGCACGUCUCAGCAGGUGACGAUAUCUCGGACCUGACAGGAUUUAUCAAAUACGAAUCAACUCGGAGAUUCUAUCCUUUGAGAUAUUCGUUUUCUUCUUCGGUAAUUAACGCGGAAAAAUUAGCGAAAAGAUUUCCGAAACGAUUUCGAGCUGGAAACGAUUCAAAUACGUAACCAGCACAUUUCUUAUAAAAGAACAUUCUGGACACAUUAGACUGUGUUUAAAUAUAUUGUCACUUGCUAAGAUGUCAGGGGGGUUAGUAAAAGAAAAAAGACUGUUGAUCAGAAUUGUUUAUUGCCCCACAGUGUAUCUGUGGAAGUGGGUGUGGAUAUCCAGUAACUCCAUAACCUCAGCUGUACUGUAUGUACGAGGGCUUUAUUUUAUCUAGCAAACCGUUAUUUUUGUUUUUACCUGCAAAUAUUGUUGGUUUGCAAACUACAAAAAAAAAAAAAACAGUAUCCUAUUUCAGUACAGUAAUCUAUUUAAACUGGUCUACAAAACCCAGUACCCUAUUUAAACUGGUUAACAAAAACCCAGUACCCUAUUUAAACUGGUUAACAAAAACCCAGUACCCUAUUUAAACUGGUUAACAAAAAACCCAGUACCCUAUUUAAACUGGUUAACAAAAAUCCCAGUACCCUAUUUAAACUGGUCUACAUAAACCAGUUCCUUAAAUUUGUAUUUUUAAUUUUUUUUUUUUACUUUUUUUUUUGGAGAUUUCAGUCCUCGUCUCAACCAGAUGGAAGAGAACGGAGAGGUUCGUCUCUUACUCGUCGGUCUGUAUUUGUAUUUGUCUGGAACGUGUUGACUGUUCAAUCCAAAUGACAACAACACAACACUUGGGAAUGUGGAGUUACAGGGAUUUAAUCCACAGUGAUUUAAAGAGUGAGGAGAAGCAGAGAAACUGCUGAGGAACGAACGAACGAAACGGAAGACUAAGUUUUAUACCAACAAAGAACACCAGUGUAGACAGUGUACCUAAUAAAAUGGCAGUGAGUGUAUCCCUCACAUCUCUACUUAUAUAAUCCCACUCACACUGCUGAUAGAUUAAACCGUAAAGUCACUCGUUCAUACGAUAGAUAAUCAUUAUUUUUAUUGGAUUUUUCUCAUUGUUUAUUCUCUGGAUGUAUAUUUAAACUUUUCCACACUGGAAUUUGAAAAUCGAAGUGAAUGUGCCCUUAAAAAAAGAAAGAAAGAAAGAAAAAAAAAGAAAGAAAAGAAAGGUGACCUGAGGUGGCUCACCCGCACCAACCUUUAUAUCGUGUCCUGUUUUAUUCACAGUGUAAAUAUGACAUGGGUCAGAGGGGGGCCAAAACUUUCUUCGCUGUCACUUUAUUAGCCGCACUUUUAUGAACACGUCUCCAAUGAACCCAAAUCAUCCAUUUAGACGAUCAAUAAAUUAGAGUUUUUAAUGAUUAAAGCCUUUCGGCGAGGCCUCGGACGCCGGGGGCUUCCUGGACGGAUGUGGACGUUCGGGACACUGUUAUAUAUCACUAUCAUUUUUUUCCGUAAUUUGUCCAUGAUUAAAACAUAAGCUCUAUAUGAAGCCCUCAUUUCUGGAUUGUUUUUCUUUUCUUUCUUUCUUUUUUUUUUUUAAUGCUUUUUGUUUUUGUAAGAGCUAAAUGUAAAAAAGUACAUGUUUGAAUAUUCUCCAAAGUGUUGGUCUCAUCUUAAAUGUAUGCUUUUAUCAAAUAAAAAAAAACAACACUGAGUUAUACACUGA